UCAAGGAACUAUACUGCUUCGGUUAUGGUGAUCGACUCCAACCAGCCUCAUGGACUUCUCUACCCUACUUGUUGGAUCGAAGGUCUUAUAGACGCGAAAGAGUUGCCAGUCGUGCUCUGGUUGCCCGGCUUAACUCGUCCUGACUGUCUUAAACUACCCAACCCCUUUCUGGUGCCCAGGGUUCGGAGUCAAAUCAAGAUUUCGACAAAAAAACUGACCAAUGUGACCAGGAAAGCAUUCUGCUAUCUGCGCCCAGCACUACGCACCCAAUGGUUGUCCACAGAAACAAAACUUACAAGUUCGGUGAUUGAGUCGCUGAUUUGUCGGGGCGGCCUCGAAUAA